CCAAUCCAUCACAAUCAACCCCGUUGGCAAAGAAAAACAUCCAAAAUGCCCCAGAUAAUCCCCUACACCAUCCCCCCGACCCCCCUAAUCCCCAACUCCCACAAACCCCUCCUCCUCUACAAGAACUGCUUCCUCGACCCGACCACAGGCACCGUCAACGCCCGACUCGCCUACGACACCUUCCGCCAGAACAACUGGACCCCGCGCUGGAUCACCGCCUACGGCCACGCCCAGCGCUCGCACUACCACCCACACACCCACGAGGUCAUGGUCGUUUUGUCGGGACCCGGCCGCAUCCGCUGGGGCACCGCCGACCUGGCCGACGACCCAGCCAAACAUACCUACGGCAUGGCGGGCACGGACUUCGAGGAAGGCAGUGUCUUUGUGGACGUCGAGGCCGGGGAUCUCUUUGUCAUCCCGGCGGGCGUGGCGCAUAAAUCCUAUAAUGUUGCUGCCGCGAAUGAAGAGCCCGUGGCGUUGACGGGGGGUGGGGCGCAGAGGAUCGAGGCGGCGGAUGAGAGGGCGUUUGUGGGGGAGUUGCCGGCCGCUGGGAAAGUGAAGGGGUUCAUGAUGAUGGGGGCGUAUCCCGGGGAGGCGACCUGGUCGUGGGCGGAGGGAGGGGAGCAUGUGGGACGGUUUGAGGAGGUAUGGGGGGUGGAGAAUGCAGUGUUGGAUCCGAUGUUUGGGCGGGAGGGGGGGAUUCAUGUUUAUUGGGGAAGGGAAGGGGGUAAAAGCAGCGCUUUGAAGGAUGAGUUGAUGUAA